AUGGCUAAACAAUCCUUCUAUCUGCCUCGCGGCUCACAGAUCCUCGUGACCGGAGCCAACGGCUUCAUUGGAAGUAAUGUCAUCCACGGUCUGCUUGAACUAGGGUUCCGAGUGCGCGGGACUGUCCGGUCUCCGAAGCCAUGGCUCGAUGAGAUGUUCCGAGACAGGUUCGGGCGGGACUCAUAUGAGUCUGUAAUUCUUGCUAACUUUGAGGACGUGGAAACUCUAUACAAGGUGAUGGAUGGUGUAUCCGGGGUGGCACAUGUGGCAUCCGAUGUUACCUUGAACUCAAAUCCGGAAGAGGUCGUGCCGUGGGUAGUGAGAGCCACUCAUAAUGUGCUGGAGGCUGCUUCAAGACAUUCGGAUAUCAAACGGGUUGUCUUGACCUCUUCUGCGGUCGCGGUGUUGUUUGCGGAGCCGAAUAAAGAGGGCAUUGUUGUUCGUGAGGAUUCCUGGAAUGACGAAGCUGUCGAGCAAGCCUAUAACCCGGACACUCCAGAGCAUAUGAAGGGCAUGUUCAGCUAUGCUGCCUCCAAGACCGAGGGAGAGAAAGCUGCAUGGAGAUGGAUGGAGAAGAACAAGCCGAACUUCCAAUUCAAUACCGUGUUGCCUUUUUUUACCAUCGGGAGAAUCCUACACGAAAAUAUCCCUGGCUCGACAUCGGGCUGGGUCUCGGGCCUGGCAAAGGGAGAUAAACGAAUCUUCGAGGUCUUUGUGCCGCAAUAUUUCUGUGAUGUCAUUGAUAUUGCACGUCUCCAUGCAGCAGCCCUCCUCGACCCUAAUACGAUCUCUCGGCGACUCUUCGGGUAUGCUGCUCCCGUGAACCUUACUGAUAUAAUCUCAAUUGUUCGGAAGCUCCUACCUAAUAAUUCUUUGAUUCCUGACCCUCCCGUUGACGACGGACGUGAUCGGAGUGAAGUUAUCCCCGCCAAGGAAGCAGAAAGGCUCCUGCGGGAAUUCUGUGGGCGGAAAGGGUGGACUUCGUUGGAGGAUAGCAUUGCACAGGGACUUGAGACCUAUCAAACUGGCAAGGACAUGUCCAUGAACACGCUAUGA